AUGCAGAAUAGUGAAAAAACAAAUGAAUGGAUUAAUUGGAUUGAAGAAGCUAUCGAUAAAAAACAUAUUAAAAAUUAUGAAUAUGAAAAUUUUAAAAAUAUUCAAGAAAUUGGUUCCGGAGCAUUCGGAAAGGUGUUUCGUGCAAAUUGGAAAAGUUUUGAUCAUUAUUUAGCGUUAAAAUCUUUUUAUGAUCUUAACAAAAUUACCUUAAAAGAAAUUGUUAAUGAGAUUAACCUUCAACGUGAUGUAGAUUUUCAUAAUAAUAUAAUUCGCUUUUAUGGAAUUACAAAACAUGCGUCAGAAAAUAUAUUUAAUCCAACAAAAGAUUAUUUAUUGGUAAUGGAAUACGCUGAUGGUGGUACGCUUCGUGACUAUUUGAAGAAUAACUUCCAUAGACUUACUUGGAAUGAUAAAUACAAUUUGGCAUCUCAAUUGGCUCGUUCUAUAUUAUGUCUACAUGAAGAAGGAAUUAUUCAUCGGGACUUGCAUUCUUGUAAUGUAUUGGUUCAUCAAGAUUCCAUUAAGUUGGCGGAUUUUUGCUUAUCAAAAAGGAUUGGUGAAGCAUCUAAAUCACAAACAAAAUUACUUGGAAUGGUUUCCUAUAUUGAUCCAAAAGUAUUGACGGAUAACAAUUUAAAAUCAAAUGAGAAAAGUGAUAUAUACAGCAUUGGUGUUCUGUUAUGGGAAAUAUCAAGCGGGAAACCGCCAUUUCAUGAAGAGAAUUAUGAUUUUAGUUUAAUGUAUAAAAUUUCACAAGGUCGAAGAGAAGAGAUUAUUUCUGGUACUCCUGAUGAUUAUUCUAAUCUCUAUACUGAGUGUUGGAAUGGUGAGCUAAAUAAUCGACCGACUAUACAUGAAGUUGUUGAUAGACUAAAAAAUUUUACUCCCCGUUCAAAACGUAGAAGAUAUGAAUAUUUAACCCCAGAUAGUUUGGAAAAUUCAUUACAUGAGGAUUUAUCACAAAUGAUUCAUGAUUUCGAUAAUAAAAAUUCAGAUGAAAUAAAUAAUAUGACAUCAACAAAUAAAAUUAAUGAGAAUAUUUUAUCCGAAAAGGAUUUAAUUAUGAUUAUUAAUGAAAUAAAUGAUCUCAUCCUUGAAAAAUUAAAAAAAGGAGAUGCAAC